AUGUUUUUGGCACUGAAACUACACAAGACCUACAGGGCAGCAAGUUACCUGUGCAUCUUACUCCUGUGUGGCCUUACUGGCUGGCUUCUCGUCUACUCGCUGAUCUUGGAAGCUGGGAAUAUUGCCGUCUCUGGGUGCAAGAAGGUUGGUUUCUACAACUACUGUCUAAACAAUAAAACUGGCACUGGUUGCUUUUGUAUCUCUCAGCUUGAGGAUCUGCGCAAGGAAGGUGUUGCUUUUCCCCAAGGACUCCUUGUACCACUGGUCAUGAUAUACUCUUCCCUGAUUAUGUUUCUAACAGGGACUCUCACGUUGUGCUUCUCUAUGUAUUUCAAGGAGAGGUUCCUGUGGCUGUUUGCUUUCUUUUUCAAUGUCCUCAGCCUGAUGGGAAUAUAUUUGGGGCUCCUCCUAUAUCUUUUAGGGACUAUGGCCCUGAUUGACGUCUCUGAGCUAAGUUCUGGUUUCCUUGCUUUGCUUGGGGCCAUGUUAGGUCUUGCAUUGCUCUCAUACAUCACGAGACGCGAGGCCAACCAGGUAUAUGAAAAGAACUGUAGUGGACCUCAGAUUUACUCCUUAAUGAUUUAA